UGCGCGCACACACACAAACUCUCUCUCUCUCUCUCUCUCUCUCUCUUCACACUCUCAAAUCCACCAAACCUCAAUUGCAUUUUCACAAAACCUUACUCUUAGCCUCAAUUGCAUUUUCAAGCAUAGUAAGGUUGUAUUCACUAUUCAAUGCGCAAAAACUUCUACCUUUCCAAUUGCACAAAACUUCUACUAAGUUUUGACUUGAGAAUAAGAUCACAUUCAGUACACAAAAUUUUCAUCUUUAUUGAGUUUGGAAAAGGUCAAUAGCCUUACCCAAAUUUUCAGAGGCCAAAAUCACAAAUUUCAGAAUGCCAAAGCCCCCAAUCUUUUUCUUCAUUUCUUCUCUCAUACUACUUUUCUUAUCUGUGUUUACCACAGCUCAAUCCUCUUCACCUUCCACUGCAUGCAAGUCCACCCUCUACCCAAAACUCUGCCGUUCGAUCCUCUCCACCAUUCACUCCUCACCGUCGGAUCCCUACAGCUACGGCAAAUUCUCUGUCAAACAAUCUCUAAAACAAGCACGUAAAAUGUCACGCGUGAUCAACAAAUACCUCACCCACGACAAGAAACGAUCCUAUAUGCGCCAAGCUGAGAUUGGUGCACUAUACGAUUGCGGCCAGCUCUCUCAACUCAAUGUGGACUACUUGGAGUCAAUCUCAACUGAGCUGAAAAUAGCUGCGUCUUUGAACGAUGAGCUUGUGGAGCGAGUUCAGACAUUGCUGAGUGCAAUUGUGACAAACCAGCAAACUUGUUAUGAUGGGCUUGUAUAUUCUAAGAGUAGCAUUGUGAGUGCAUUGUCUGAGCCUCUGAACAAUGUGACAGAGUUGUAUAGUGUGUCACUUGGGUUGGUGACACAUUCGUUGGAUCGAAAUCUGAAACUGAAAAAGAAGAAAAAGGGGUCUAAUGAUGGAUUUCCGACUAAGGGACACCCUUUCCGGGAGCCACUUGAAACCCUCAUCAAGGCUCUACGGAGAUCCUCUUCCCAAAAAUCAGUGCAUUGCCCCAACAAGGAACGGACUCUCAGUGAGUUGAAAGGCAAUAAUGGAAUUCUCGUAAUCGAUAAAGUGACUGUAACCCGUAAUGGUACCGGAAACUUUACAUCCAUCACCGAGGCAAUUGCAUUUGCUCCCAAUAAUUCAAUGCCUGAAGAUGGAUUAUUUGUAAUUUAUGCUAGAGAGGGGUAUUACGAGGAGUACAUUGUGGUGCCCAAAAAUAAGAGGAAUAUACUGUUGAUUGGAGAUGGGAUCAACAAGACUGUGAUCACUGGAAACCAUAGUGUGAUUGAUGGCUGGACAACUUUUAAUUCUUCAACCUUUGCUGUUUCCGGAGACAGGUUUAUAGCAGUAGACAUUACAUUCAGGAACACAGCUGGUCCUACGAAACACCAAGCAGUGGCUGUAAGGAACAAUGCCGACCUCUCCACAUUCUAUCGUUGUAGUUUUGAAGGCUACCAGGACACACUUUAUGUUCACUCUCUCAGACAAUUCUACAAAGAAUGUGACAUAUAUGGAACUGUAGAUUUCAUAUUUGGGAACGCUGCUGCUGUGUUUCAGAGCUGCAACAUAUAUUCUCGGAAACCACUGGUUAACCAGAAGAAUGCAGUCACAGCUCAGGGCCGGACUGACCCAAAUCAGAACACUGGUAUAUCCAUCCACAAUUGCACAAUAGAAGCUGCACCUGACUUGGCUAUGGAUUUGAACUUCACAUCAACUUAUCUAGGCCGACCUUGGAAGGAGUAUUCUAGGACUGUGUAUAUGCAAUCAUAUAUUGGUAGCGUGAUUGAUCCAGUUGGAUGGUUGGAGUGGAAUGGAACAUUUGGACUAGACACACUCUAUUAUGGGGAGUUUAAGAAUUAUGGACCAGGUGCAAAUACCAGCAUGAGAGUACACUGGCCUGGUUAUAGUUUGAUGAAUGCUACGCAGGCUUUGAAUUUCACUGUGUACAAUUUCACAAUGGGGUAUACUUGGUUGCCUAAUACUGAUAUACCCUUCUAUGCAGGACUACUAAACUAGAGAUCUAAAACUGGAUAAAAAUUUCAUUCAUUCUUCUGGUGCUGUUAACUUAAUUUAUAAUAAAGGCUUUGUAUAUUCUUUCCUUCACUAGAGUACUUCAUUUAUGGCCUAUAGAAUCGUAUGGAAAACUGUUGGGAGAGUUUUCUUGAUCAAUUA